CAAUCUGUUUUUGGUUUAGCCUGCCACAAGACACAGCACUUCGGGCUUCAGUGCUGCAGGUGUGCACUUUUUGAAUUCUUUAGAAAAACAAAAAAAAAUAGAGGCGUGUAAUAAAGCAAGAAGUCAGCACGAAACUUCCAACAUCUUCAAGGUUGACUGCUAGUGUAAAAUCUCUGGGCAAAACAUGGUUGUUACCUGCCGUAAACGUGAAGGUCUUCAGUAGGAUAAUACAAUAUUUUGCGCUUCAGUAAACAGCAGAGAAGCAAGCGAUGGAGUUUCGGCUUGUGCUCACGUGCCUGCUGUUCAGCUUUAACCUACGCGCGGGAAAGUCGCAGGGCUUAAGCUCCAGUUCAGUUUUGAACUGCUGUGAAGGCGACGUCUUGUUCCUGUUGGAUUCUUCGGGCAGUGUGUCGAUGUUUGAGUUUUUGCACAUGCUAAAGUUCCUGUCAGAACUUGUGCAGCCUUUUUCUCUGGGCCAUGAGCAAGUAAGGAUGGCGCUGCUGCAGGUUAGCACCAUGCCUCACCUGGAGUUUGGCUUUGAGGCUUAUAGCAGUCAGCAGGACCUUCAGGAAGCACUGAGUAGGACUCAGAAACUUGGGGGAGACACAAACACAGAGGAAGCACUUCUCAUUGCCAAGGAAGAGGUAUUGAAACAGGGCAUUCCAGGAGGAGCCAGAGAAGGACUCCCGAGAGUGUUGGUGUGGCUUACUGAUGGUGUGGAUCCUGGAAAUGUGCAGAAAUUCAUGGCUGAACUGCGAGAUGAGGGUGUCUAUGUGCUGGUUGUGUCCACUGGUCAAGGGAACUACCAGGUAUUAAGGGAUGUUGUGAGUCCUCCUUCUGAGGAUCACCUGUAUUUUGUGGAUAUUGAAGACAUGCCUAUCAUCACUGAGGACUUGAGGAAUGCCAUUAUUGAAAUCAUUCGAGCGAAGAGGCUGCUGGUCCAAGACAUCACCUCUACUAGUGCAGAGUUACACUGGAGGCCUGUGCUUGCGGGAACUGGGUACUAUGACAUCCGGUUUGGACCUGUUUACUCGGGACAUGCAGAAGGGUAUACACCAGGCAGUCGUACUGUUCCAAGCACAUCUCCAGGCCACCAUCAGAGAAUCACCCGCCCUGGCAACACCAGCUCUGCCAGGCUGAGGAACCUACGUCCGAACACCACAUACAAUGUCACGCUAAUCCCACAGUCCAACUUGGGUAUCUUUAACACCCUACAUACCACCUUCAUUACGCAGCCAGAGAUCCAAAGCCCGGCACAGGUGACGGUUUCUGAGUCAACCAUGACCAGUGUGAAAGUGAGCUGGGGGCCUUUGCAGCCUGAGUCUAUAAAGACUUAUCAGGUGGAGUACUCCACCCUUCCAACAGGGAAACUCCAUGUGCUCACAGUUAAUAACAGGCAGGACUCGACAGUACUGACAAACCUGCAGCCUGGGACACAGUACCUGGUCACUGUGAGCGCCAGCUACUUCUCUGGCGAAGAAAAAGCCAUGUCCAUCAAAGCAUGCACUCAAGAAGUGUUGCCAGCUCUAGCAGAUCUGCAUCUCAGUACGGUGGGAAAUGACUCAGUGUUGGUCAAAUGGAAGGGUGGUGCUGAAGGAUUGCGUGGUUACUGGCUGACGUGGGAAGGCGAGUCUGUACAAUCCUCUAGGCAGCGUUCCACUUUGUAUCUGCCACCCCACCUCCUUUCUACAACACUCACCCACGUACCCCACAAUGCCCGCGUCUGUGUCUCCCCUGUUUACAAGUCAGCUCGGGGAGAAGGCCUUUGCUGUUCGGCUCACUUCGGCUCAGCUGCAUUUACUUGGAGUCACAACUUGUAAUCCUGCCAAACAGAUGGAUACAGAGCUGAAAACCUUACCACAGAUGGAAAAAGGGAAUGAGAAAAGGUUAUAACUUAUAUGGGUAAAGCACUUUUUGGCCAUUGAGAGGUGCUAUAAAGCAAUACACCAACUCAAACUGCACUGAAUAGACAAACCAAAGUUAUUUAAAUCUGGACACACUAUGGAUGCAUUAAACACAAACAAAAAUUAAAUGCUGGUAGUCUAAACAGUUAAUUUGGUGAUGAAUACAUUGAGAACAUUGAAUAAAAGCAUGCAGUUUUGUGUAUUGUGCACAUAUUUUAGUAAUGAAAUUGAAUUGAAUAUAUUGUCUUACUACCCCAUACAUUUUGUCCUUGAAAAUGGGAACAAUGAAACAUUUAGUAUAGUAAGGUCACACCGCUAGCUAAAGUUGCACAUUUAAACCACUGCCUGAAAGCAAAUUGUGUAUUGUUUGUGUAUUGUUAUGGACUAUGCUUAAGGCCAUUUAUCCCAGUGGUUGCUAAUAUAUGUUCCUGGAGUACCCCUGCCUUACAGCUGGUGCUGUUUUCCCUGCCUCAAAUAAGCUACUAAUUAACACGCCCUUCCUGUGUUGAUAUGGGUGUACUUGAGCACAGAAAACAUCAAAAACAAUAAAUAAAGCGCAGUCUAUGGGUCCUGCAGGAUCAGGAUUAGAAUCCACUCAUUUAGGCCACUAUAAUUAGAUCUCUAAGAGAUUGUAAGGUUGAUAAAAAAGGAACAGAUUUUGAAUUCCUUGUAGCUACUAAUAAGAGGGGGUAACAAAUGUUUAGUGGUCAAAAAGGGCCUUUUAAUCAAAAUGUCUGAGGCACAAUCCACUACCCACACAUCUGCUUUGGUAUGUACAUAAAGAUUUACUUUUUAUACCU